AUGGAUAAUCAUGGGCUACUAAUGAAGUUUUCUAGGAUUCGAAAGAAGCCUCAGCAGCCCCUAAAUUCGUUGGCAGAACUAUACUCACGCAUAGCGAAUGAAACAAUACAUUAUUUAGGUUUAGAACAAAGACAUGAGUACAAGGCAGCAAUUCAAGGAUGGAAACUAAUGGCUACUGAUGCAAUGUAUAAGCUGAAUAAUAUUGACCGUCAAUAUCCUAACUUCGCUUCAUAUACCGAGGAGGAAUUGAAUCUUCAGACAGGAAUACGUGAGUUGUGCGAUAAAGCAAUGAAAAAUGUGGAAAGAGUGCAGUUGUUAUGUGAAGAUGUACCGAAACCUGAUAAUAACAGCGGAAAAACAUUUUCUAUUGGAAAUGGUGGUAAAUUUAAGGUCCAUACGUUAAGAGAUGGGAUGUACAAGAUGCGAUAUAACAAGAGUGGCAGUGGUUUGGGAUUAAAAAACGACAAGAAUGUACAAACGGCGAACCCUGUAAAUUUUUCUGCAUCCAAAUCUCUACCAGCAGUAAUUCCUCAGGAUCCCUUUGAAGACUUUGAUAAUGAGGUAAAUUUAAUUGAUUUAACGGAUGCCGAAACUGUCCCCUAUGAUCCUUCUCCUCUUCCGACGUUCAGUAUAUCUUCUGAUCCAAAACAGGAACCAUACACGGAUUAUUUGAACAUCAGUGAAGAAGACAUGACCAGACUGAAAACAUUGGAUAAAUUGAAUGGUACAGCAGAUGCAUUUUCAUUACUAAGCGUGGAUACUGCUGAGGCACAGCGUCCUUCUCCCAGAAGACCUUCUCCUCCUCCAGUACCGCCUCAGAGGAAACCCAGUGCGAAACAGAAAACUACAACUUCAGACACUAACGUUGACGCAGCAUUAAAAUCCUCUCCACCUACACAACCCAAGCAGCAAAGGCCUGUUCAAAGGCGAAAUACGUCUAUCAGCGCAGCUGUCGCUGCAUCGCAACCACAGCUUAAAGCAAAAGCUGUCAAGCGACCUGUCGUCACUGCCAAAAAAUCAAUUCAGAACGGCAAUUCAACAAGUAAACUCAAGAAACCAAUUUCAAAAUCUAGUCCCUCAUUAAUAAAUACUGUGGUUAGAACAACUUCUCAAACCAAAACUAGGGUAAAUCCAACAUCUGUUGCAGCUACUACAAAAACAUCUGCUAUAUCAACUAAUCCUACAAUAACGAAACCAGCCCCACAAAGUUUGGAUGAAGUUACACAGACGAAGGAACAACUAGAGGACGAGCUUAUUGAAUCAUUGCCUGGUGUUGAUAAGACUGCUGCUAAACAAAUUUUUAGUGAAAUUGUCGUCCACGGAGACGAAGUGUACUGGGACGACAUUGCCGGUUUGGAAACCGCAAAGAACUCUUUGAAAGAGGCAGUUGUAUAUCCGUUCCUAAGACCUGACCUAUUUCGUGGGUUAAGAGAACCUGUAAGAGGAAUGCUGCUAUUCGGCCCUCCUGGUACUGGUAAGACCAUGUUAGCUCGAGCCGUUGCGACAGAAUCCAAAUCUACAUUUUUCAGUAUCAGUGCAUCAAGUUUAACAUCCAAAUAUCUUGGUGAAUCAGAAAAAUUGGUAAGAGCCUUGUUUGCAGUAGCCAAGAAGCUAUCACCGUCCAUCAUAUUCGUGGACGAGAUAGAUUCCAUUAUGGGGUCAAGAAAUAACGAAAGUGAAAACGAAUCAAGUAGAAGAAUCAAGAAUGAGUUCCUAGUACAAUGGUCAUCGCUAUCAAGCGCAGCAGCUGGUAAAGAUUCCAAAGAUACCGACGACCGUGUCCUAGUUCUUGCUGCUACAAAUCUCCCGUGGUCUAUUGACGAAGCUGCCAGAAGAAGAUUCGUCAGAAGACAAUACAUUCCUCUUCCUGAGGCGACCACAAGAAAGGUUCAGCUCAAAAGGCUUUUACUAAACCAAAGGCACACCCUGACAGACGAAGAAUUUGAAGAAUUGGUUCUGCUAACAGACGGGUACAGUGGCAGUGAUAUCACAUCUCUUGCCAAAGAUGCGGCUAUGGGACCCUUACGUGAACUAGGAGAUGAACUACUAUUUACGGAAACAGAUAGUAUUAGAUCCGUUAAUUUGGAGGAUUUCCGUAACAGCUUGAAGUAUAUCAAACCAUCCGUCUCAAAGGACGGUUUGAACCGUUACGAAGAAUGGGCAGCCAGUUUCGGAUCAUCCGGAGUAUGA